GGUAAAUGGACAGAAUCUACAUAUCCCCGGCAUUUUCCCGGGCGAAUGGCACGCUGGUCACCUUUAAUUGGUUCCUCGCACAGUAAGGAUUAUAUCGUAUGGCAAUUCGGAGGAAUGGCCUCCCCUGGGGUCACAAAGGUCAGCGAGUGGGGAGCCGUCGAGAUGCUGGAGAAGGAGAUGAAAAAUCAAGGAGAGAAGGUGCUCAGGUUAGCCUUAAAAGAUGAAGUUUGCACAAAAUGUUACCGUAGAACGGUAAAUAUUUUGCUUUCUGUACUUUAUUUCCUCUCGCCUUCAGUUUCAACUGUUAGAAGUAGCCAAUAUCACAGAAUCAUUUUCCUUGAGCCAAUAAAGAACCGAGAUUGCUUUAGACACUGUGUUAACGCUUCUGGAAGCCAGCUUCAAGUCCUCUUCUCAGAAGUUCUGUCUUCUUUUUCUUGUGCAUGCACAUCCCAAGCCAUUGGGAUCAUUCAAGGCCUAUUCUUCUGUAACCUUUUUUCAAAAUGUUGUGAAAGAUUUCCUUUUUCUUCUCAACUAUUUCUUUUUCCCUUCGCUUUCUUUUUACCUUUCAAUUGAUUGUGGUGCACAAGUUUCUCUCAUAUUAUCGUCGUCUUUCUAAAACCAAAGCGAAAAUAAAUGGUUUUUGUUCUAAACUGCUGGAAUGCAUGGCACUCGCAUCAUACUUCUAAACGAAUUAUCCUUUUUUUUGUUCGCCUGUAUCUUGGGUGACAAGCCGUGAUCGUCUAGUGGUUAGGAAAUUCCGUUGUGGCCGUAGUAACCCAGGUUCGAAUCCUGGUCUCGGCAAUUUUUUUGCUAACGAAAUUUUUCCAAUAAAUUCAGCUUCCUCCUUUUAAGUGAACUUGAACUUUUGAGAAAUGAAAUCACAGAGAGGAAAAGCGUGGAAAAGGAAUCCUGUGAAAAAUUCUGAAAGACCGCCUUUCUUGUAACUUGCCUGUCUGAACACAUAUCAUUUUUGUUUGAAUCGUCAGCAUAAUCAAGACGCACACGUUAUAUAGAAGUGCCGGCAAGGUUUCCACCACAUUUAAAGCGGACAGCAAACGUAACCUUGUCUCAGCCUUGGCCAAGAUCUUCCCAAGCCCUGAUUGGAAUGUUGGCGUUGACCGGAUAAACCUGUGUGACGGGAAUUGUACGUGGAAAAAAGCUGUUAUCAGGAAACUUUAUCCAUGGGAUGCUGGUUAGUUAGAAAAAAAUUCAAAGAUUUCCAAAAAAAUUAAAAAGUCUCCGCUAAUUUGUUAUGCUCAUAGUGUCGAUUCAGAAAUUUGCCUAAGAUACAGACAGACUCGCGUAUGAGAAGAACAUUUGUCAGUUGUUUGUAGGAUUAUCACUCAGAUCUGUACAGUUAUCAUUAUGCAUACGUAUAGGGCGAAAAAAUCUCGUUCAACAUCGUGUAAACGACAAUGGACGCACGAAGCAAGUGCCUCGAGGCAUGGGUUGAAAUAGUAGCCUUCAUAAUGAUAUCAAUCAUGAUAGUUAAUAAUAAUAAUAAUAAUAAUAAUGAUGAUGAUAACAUAAUAAUAAUAAUAAUGAUGAUGAUAACAAUAAUAACAACAAUAAUAUUUUGUUGACUUGCAUUGCACAAAUACUUAUGAAACAUUUUAAAAAGUUUAAUUGUCUAGAGAAAGCACUAUCGUUUUUUCACAGACGAGCGAAGGGGAGCGCGAGCUGAGUAUUGGGGGCCAGACAUGCGCGAGAAGGAAAGGUUGUUCGCCCCUACUCUUGGCUCGUGUUUUUGCCUCCGCUCGCCUGAAAACAGCAAAAAGACAAAGGAGGACCAUUUACAACUGACUUUGAAGCCCCGUCUGUGCAUAAUGAUGUAGACUACAUAGAUUACAAACGUACAUUCAGGCUCUUUUCAUUGGCUUUCUUGUUGGCCCGAAAAUGCCUUUAAGUGACGCGAGGAAGGGCCAGCGAACUCUGGGUAUAUGGGUAUAUUGCAUUUCUAGUGUUCUGAUUGGUUCGCUCAACUCCGGUUAUAAGAUUAUAUUCCGAGUCAUCUUGUAUGGAAAAGCAUUGCACCAACUGUAAUGGAGCUGAAAAAAAAAAUGCGAUUAUUCAAAUCAUCAGGAUUUAAUGAAAUUUAAUAAAACAAUUAUUCCAUUCACGCUUGUUGGAUACGAGAUUGGUUAGAGCCAAUUCAGCGCUAUGUGCCUUGUUGCCUACUUACCUUCUCAUAUCCAACGUGCACCCAUGGAAUAAUUGUGACGGUGCCCCUAACCCCAAAUAUGUUUUUUCGACAAAAUAAAUAUCCUUGUCCUACUGAUGACAAAGUCGAACAAGUUAAUGUUGCAUCUAUUUUGGUUAAUUAUUUCAUGAAUUUUCAACGAUCCCAAAAUUGCCCUCCUUCAUGUUCACGUAAUGCGAACAGUUUUCCGAGAGCGAAGCCCAGGGAAAACUGUGAGCUUCAAAGAACAGUAGAUGAUGUCCAAAUAUGCGCGAGCAAAAAUUUUUGAUGGAUUAUUAGACUGAGGUAUUGCAUUUAACAAAGUUUAAUUACCCAGGUACCGAUGACGGGAAAACCUUCAAGUCACCGAACAUUAAAUCUGUCCCCCAGCAGCCAAUAAGAAACAUAACAACAAACACUCAUAAACUGGGAUCAUUCCCUGGUCAGGGAGAUCGCGGAGUCACGCAACCGUUUGGUCAGAUUGAAAUACAGCUCAUGCAGACUUCCGGAGAAUGCAACGGAAAGCCUGGACGUCCUCCUUUCCCUGAGAAAUGUAAGUAAAUGAUUUCUUUUCCUUACCUUAAGCCGUGAUUUUUAUUCCUCUUGAUACAGUAGAUCGUUUUAUAGUUGAGGAUCCUAAAAGCAUAACCAAUAAACACAGACAUUCAAAUACCCUGUGCGAGUGGGAUAAUGAACAGCUAUCAUAAUUCAUUGACCAUUUGCCACAGCUUGAUUAUCUUGCAAAAUGGUCGCCUGCCGGGCAGGGAACUAGAUACAAAACUCUGACUCACGACCAGUCGUCUCUCUACUUUUGAAUCUUAACGUGGGAAGUGCUCUAGAGGUGCACGCGGGGAAGAUGGGAAGGGAAAAAACUAUAGAUGUCUCCCCCUCUUUUCUUCCUUCCCAUCGUCCCCUUCGUCGUGUCAGUCCUCAUCUCCCUCGACUCCGUGGGAUGAUGGAGAUAGGUCUGUAUGGAUCGUCAUUAUGGUAGGUUAGGUUAUAAAUUCGUUAUUUUCUCUUUUGCAUAAACAGCUCCAAAAGUUCAUUGCAAAGUUUCUCGCUGGUCGGAAUGGAGACCCUGCUCGGUCACCUGUGGUACUGGAGUCCAGCGCAGGGGCCGCGCGGUAAUCCAGAAGCCAAAGAAUGACGGGAUUCCUUGUCCUCAACUGAUAGAGUCAAGGGCUUGUAUCCAGCCCACCUGUAUUGGUAGGUAUUGAGGUCGAUUUAAAAUGUUAAAAACUAGAACAUUGCGAUUGAAGGAUUAAAUGAAAAUAGUUUUAGACUUCUCCUUCAAAUGCAAUGCUGUAACCACACGUUUUAACCACAGUUAUUUGAACUGCAACAAACUUCAUUCAGAGUGUUCAGAGCCACAUAGAGCAGAAUACACUCGUCAAUCACAAAGGAAAGUGCAAACAUUUUAGCAUAUUAGUAACAAGCAUUUGGUGUUAGAUCAAGAAAACAACUUCUACAUGUACGAGAUAAGUUUGAGUAUUCUCAUCACCUGUUAGCUGGAUAAUGUAUGGAUAUUAUAGGGAGAAAUUGCAUGUUAAUCACUAGAAGUGUCCUUCCUUACAGAAAUCAUUCAUAUGUGAAGAAUUCAAUGGUGGUGAACAGAUCAACUACUUUUUCUUAUGUAGGUAAACUUGUCAUUCCCAAACAAGUCAAUUGCAAACUCUCCCCUUGGUCCUCCUGGAGUGAAUGUCGUGGUUCAUGUAACAGGGGUGGACAAUUUCGCUCGCGCAAAAUUCUACAAAAAGCAGAACAUGGCGGAAGUCCAUGCCCAGAAUUCAAAUCACUUAUCAAAUGGAGGCGGUGUAAGCUGACAAAAUGCCCGCCAGAGAAACAUAACGGUGAGAUUAUGUUAUGGCAAAUAAAUCAAUAAAAACGAAAAGCAAUCAGGUAUUAAACACCGAGAGUAUUCCCAUCAAGGCGUAUUCCUGCGCUUCACCGAAUAAGUGUGUAUAUUUUUUAUUCUCAUUAGCUUUUACCGCUGACCUGCCAUUGUGAUUACUUCAGUUUUGACGUUACGGCAACCAAUAACUUUUUUUAAAGCUAGGAACGCAUUCGUUCUUAAAACUUUUAGAAAAAAAUUUUAAAAAAUCUUUAGGAAAAAGCUGUGAUGUCACGUUGACUUCACUGACUUUAACCUGUGAUGAGGCGUCUCUCUUUUGAAGGGGAGCACUAUAGUGUAGAAGCGCAAAAGUUUGUGCGCUUAUUAGUAACCUUCAACUCAAAUCCUACACUUUUACGCUCAUCCAAAACAAAGAACGCCUGAUCGAAAGUAACGCAGACCUUUCAUUUCUUCAUUAUUGUCAGACUGCAUAGUAACAGGAUGGUCACCUUGGUCAGAAUGUACUAAAAAGUGCAACAGAGGAAAAAAAUUACGAGUAAGGAAGAUCAUCAGAAGCGAAAAGUAUGGUGGAGCAAGUUGUCCGAAAAAACUCAGAGAAAGGAAAAAGUGCGUUCCCGUCAAGUGUCCUGGUGAG